UUGGUGCAGUGUUGAUGACUGUGGUUUGAAUGCACACACAUACAUACUCACAUACACACAAAUACAUACACGGUUAUCCGCACUAAACAGAGUGAGAAAUAACACUUUUUCCCGGAAUUACACCGCUGGUCGAUAGAAACGCCCGAAGGAAACCAAAAUAAGCUCGCUUUCUUUUUCCUGAUUAUCCUGGUAACCUGUUGCCAUGCCGUUCCCGUUUGUUAGGCCGCCCCACAAAUUACCGGUGGGCAUCGUAAAAAGCCUGAAGGACAGCAUGACCAUUCUGGAGAAACAGGACAUCUCGGACAAGAAGGCUGAGAAGGCCUCUGAAGAGGUGUCCAAAUGUCUUCUGGCUAUGAAGGAGAUUCUUUACGGCACUAAUGAGAAAGAACCACAGACUGAAGCCGUGGCCCAGCUGGCUCAGGAGCUUUAUAACAGCGGUCUGCUCAGUAUCCUCAUUGCAGAUCUGCAGCUCAUUGACUUUGAGGGAAAGAAAGAUGUAGCGCAGAUCUUUAACAAUAUUCUGAGACGACAGAUUGGCACACGGACACCCACUGUGGAAUACCUGUGCACUCAACAGAACAUAGUCUUCAUGCUGCUGAAAGGUUACGAGUCUCCAGAUAUCGCUCUGAACUGUGGCAUCAUGCUGAGGGAAUGCAUACGUCACGAGCCGCUGGCCAAGAUCACGCUAUCCUCCGAGCAGUUUUACGAUUUCUUCAGAUAUGUUGAGAUGUCCACCUUUGACAUCGCCUCGGAUGCAUUCGCCACUUUUAAAGAUUUGUUGACGAGACACAAACUGCUCAGCGCUGAGUUUUUGGAGCAGAACUAUGACAGGUUCUUUAGUGAAUAUGAGAAACUUCUUCACUCUGAAAAUUACGUCACCAAGAGGCAGUCGCUAAAGCUGUUGGGAGAGCUGCUUUUGGACAGACAUAAUUUCACCAUAAUGACGAAGUACAUAAGCAAACCAGAAAACCUCAAACUCAUGAUGAAUCUACUGAGAGAUAAGAGCCGCAACAUCCAGUUUGAGGCCUUUCAUGUUUUUAAGGUGUUUGUGGCCAACCCGAACAAGACCCAGCCGAUCCUGGACAUCCUGCUGAAGAACCAGACCAAGCUGAUCGAGUUCCUCACCAAGUUUCAGAGCGAUCGCACCGAGGACGAGCAGUUCAACGACGAGAAGACCUAUCUAAUCAAACAGAUCCGCGACCUCAAAAAGCCAACCCCACAGGAUGCCUGAGACACGCGAAUGUAUUCGACAGCAUAGAAAAUGUCUAGACGGUGUUUUAGGCAACGUCUGGACAAAGUUUGGCUUUCUGGGACUGGAAGUGGCCGCAGCACAGGCAUGUUUGAACAGAUUUGUGUUUUGCUGGAAGCGUCGCCCGCUUUUGCCAGACGGGUGAAAAAUUAUGGAGGACGGGAAGAGUCUUGCUUCGCUCGACAUGCGACCUCAACCCCCACAAUGUUUAUUCUCAUGGCUAAAAACACGGGCAAAUGAACUGUACGGACCGUUAUAGAUGCUGCUGCGUUAUUGCACAUACAGAAGUGGAGGGUUUUGUACGUUGCACACAAACUCGGAUGUCUCUUUAUGCUAAUUAACCUAAAUUACGUUGAUGGAGUUUAGUAUUGGAUAUUAAUGAAUUCAAGGAAUUUGAUAUGCGAAAGCGCUUAACGUAUCCUACAACAACUUUACACACACACUCCUUAUUUACUCAGUUAACUGGGGUUUAAAACAGGGAAACGUGGUGCACGCAUGAUGUUGUGCACAAGUUUGUGUGUUAAAGGGUUAAUCAUGCAUACAAGUUGCAUAGCCAGGGUGUACAUAGGUUUAUUCAUUUUUCUUUUUUUUGUUUUGGCUUAGAUUUCAUCGCCCACACAUUUGGCUGAAACGGUUAAAGAUUUUCACACGGCUUACUCAUUUUGAUCAUGUUGAUUGGGUGGUUUUGUUGAUGGUUAGUAUUGUGGCAAUGCCCUUGUAGAUGUCGACUCUGAUUUUUUCUCUCACGCUGUAGUAGUGAUGUCAUGGAAACUAACCUACAAUCUGUUUUCUGUGUAAUUCUUUACCACAAGUACUAGAUGUUCUAUUAUAACCAGUACCAAUGCUUUUUUACCAGUUUGAGUUUGAUCAGCAAACCAUUAACUUGCCUUGCAUUGAUCUCUUGUGAAUCUUACCAAAAGAUGUCCAGGGAAAAUUUCGCCCCAAAAUCAAAUAAUUAAAAGAAAGAUUAAACACUCUAAAGUAAGGUUGUAUUUGUUAACAUUAGUAAAUGCAUUAGCUAACAUGAACUAACCAUUUUUCAGCUUUUAAUGUUUAUUAAUGCCAAUUCAAUUGUUCAUAAUUGUAUAGUGUAUUAUAUACUAGUUUAAACAGUUAAACUUUAGAUUUUGAAAAUUAGUAAAUGCUAAAAUUAAAAAGAACUGAGAUUAAUAAAAGUUUAAUUCAUGUUAGCUAAUGUAUUAACUUAUGUUAACAAAUACAACCUUAUUGUGAAGUUCUACUAUUCAAUUUUAAAGGAAAACACCACCGUUUGUCAAUAUUUUACUAUGUUCUUACCUCAACUCAGACGAAUAAAUACAUACCUAUCUUUUUUCAAUGCGUGCACUUUUAAUCUUUGUACAGCGCUUUGUAAAUGUAUUAGCAUUUAGCCUAGCCCCAUUCAUUCCUAUGGUUCCAAACAAAAGUUUUAUUUUGUGCCACUAUACUUACUCGUGUAAUACCCAUGUAACAGUCAUUAAAUUGGGAAAACUUGGAAGUGUUUUGUGGCUUUUAAAUUCAUCCCUGUUUGGAGCCAUAGGAAUGAAUGGGGCUAGGCUAAAUGCUAACACAUUCACAAAGUGCACGCAUUGAAAAAAGAUGGGUAUGUAUUCAUUUGUCUAAGUUGAGGUAAGAACGUAAUAAAAUAUUAAAAACGGUGGUGUUUUCCUUUAAGUACUCUGUGUAUGCAUUGUGAUGUCUUUUUCAUGACAGUUAAACAUAUUUCUUCAUAUUGUAGCUUAAAUUUGUGUGAUAAUUGUAGUUAAAAUCAAAUUGCUUUAUUAUCAUGAAAAAAUGUCACAAUGUAAUAAACCUGAAUGGUUCUUACUGCAAAUAACCUUCUUUGUCUUAAUUCAAAAAAUGUUCCCAUAUUUAUCUCUCUUGAUUUUGUGGUGAAAUAUGACAUUUUCAUGGUUUUCGUUAUAUUUACACAUAUGCUGCAACAUGAGAUCUUUAUCAGAGAUGUAUCACUUUCCUUGUUAGAAAAAAACUUGAACCCUUUAGUUGCAGACUUGUCUAAAAUGGUCGGAUGAUAUAGAGUGCUGAAGAGAUUACUUAUUUUUGCUGGCAAAUCCUGGAAGUUAGCGGGACACUGGUUCCCUCCCAAAACAGCCCAUUGAUUUUUCCCAUAGACUUUUGGAUUAUUGCAAAAAAUAAGUGUUUAACAAAAGUUUGACACUUACACGUUUCGUCAAAUAAGAUAAUCUUCACAGAUGAAUACAAAUUUUAUUAAUUUUUAAGUGUAAAUACAUUUACUACAAAUAUAAAAAGCUAAAUUUUGACUUCAUAAUUCAUAAAAGUUUUGUUCAUCUGUGAAGACUAACAAACUGUGUCAUAAUUUUUUUUGCAUUUAUCCAAAAGUCUAUGGGAAUAAUGAAUGGCCUUUUUUGCGAGUGAACCAGUGUCCCGCUAACUUCCGGGUUAUCCUACAAAAAUAAGUCAUCCCUGUGGCACUAUGAGCGCCCGCUGGUAGCUGUUGCUGGAAAUUGAGAACAUUGUCAAUCAAACAUUUUAUAUCAUUUCAGUGUUAUAACUUUGCUAGAUGUGGGCUUUACACAAUUGUCAUUUAUUAAUUUACGUCAAAAUAAUAUGAUAUGAAACAGAAAACUGUUUUGGUUGAUCAUUUUCAAGGCACCACCUUUCACAAACACCCACGAUAUUGAAUGUAAUUCAUAAUGUAACUCUGAUUGUAAUACAUGCAAUGCAGAACUUUGGCCGAAAUCUCAUAAAAGCUUGUUCUGCAGGAAGUUUACAGUAGUAUUUAAAGUCACAGGGGUUUGAUAUUUAUACCUCAGUCUCAACAUAUCUCAUUUGGUGAGUAGCAAUCCAACAAAGUAAUACUGUAUCUGUAAUCUAGAUUUCAAUGGUUGGCAUAUAUAACAGCAGCCAAUUGCGAUCAUCUUAUAUGCCUCAUUACUGGCCUACAGCAUUAAGAAUUCUGAGAAUUAAAACUUGCAUAUAAGUGCAUGUUUAUAUUUUAAAGCUUUGGGUAUAGCAUGGACCUUCAACAGGCUGGGUACCUAUCGUCGCUCAGAGUCUGUAUAAUUAAACAGUCCAACUUGACGUAUUUAAGUCCAGCCCAAGUAAUAAAACUUGGAGCCCUUGGUGGGGAUUUAAUUUGAAUUGUCAAUCAAUUGCCAGACUAACAAUUGGAAAUAAAGUUUGGAAUAAAAUAAAAGUUUCCACUGUCUUCUGUACUUUAUGGGAUGGGUUUUGUGGUGAUGCAAGGUUUUGGGAUACAAAUUCUAAUGGUUUUUAUUGCAAAUACCAUUAUGAAUCAUCAGCCAUUUCAGGUAGUGUGUUCCUUAUUGGUUUCCAUUCAUUAUAUAUCUCCCACCAAUAGAGCCUAAGACAUUACCAGUACAGACCAUUAUAGUUUCCAUGAAAACCAAUGCAAU